AUAGCGAAAUAGUCCUUAGCAACGCAUUCAAUUGAGUGAGUCGUCUGACGAGCGUAUUAACCGACGUGUUAAAAAACUUUGGUUUCAAGUGGAAAUGGAAAAUUUCCUUAUUCAAGCUUACAUAAAUAAUGAAAUGUAAUACCAAACGUAUUUGCGCUUGUUAACAAAAUAAAAGCGUAAUAUAUACCGUAAUCAUUCUGAAAUAGUCUAAAAUUUGAGCUUUUUUUUACAUAUAUCCCUAUUAUGACUCACUUUUGCUUGGCAUACCAUAACUGCCUUCAUCGAAAAUGAUACGGAAUUCGCUAAGGGAUAUACAAUAAGGUUUAUGUUAACAGCGUAACCUGUAAUUCAAUCAGUCCUUGUGCUUCGAUUUCAAGGCGCCUUGUGUGCUUGAGUACCCUAAGGUGUUAAUAAGAAUAAAAAGUGCGACCAAAAUAAUGCUAAAUUGGGAACAAAAAAAAAACAUUGAUAUACCAGUCUCUCUGAGGGCAACAUUCUUAAAUUGUGCAAUAUAAAAAGUUAUUUGGUAGGAUGGCACCUUUUAAAUUGAAAUUCCGCAUGGGCAGCUCGCGUAGUGCUUCUCAAGAGCACGAUCAAGAUCCCCAGGUUAAUGAGGCGCUACUCAAUCAUCAUCAACAUCACUCAACAACAAUUGGUGCCAGUAGUUCCACCAUUGAUUCCACCGAUUGUACCAGUCUCGGCUCCAUUGGCACCAACGAACGUAAAUCACUGCUACCCAACAAAAGCAACAAUUUGCGAUUAGGAUAUAUCGAUCACAGGGCUACAACUUGUAAUGACGAGUCUUCAGCAGAAUCGAACACGAUUCCCACGACUCCUCCAUCAACUUACGAUCAUAUGCUAGAAGGGCUGAACGCUAUCACCCGUGAUGCCAGUUCCAUCAAUGAUCGUCGUGAUUCCUUAAAUAAUCCGCGUAACAGCAUCAUCCUAACAUCGUUGGAGCAUCUAUCUCUGAGUGAAGAGAUCACUAUUGAAUGCACCGACCCAAAUUGUCAGGAAAUAUAUAAGUGCAACAGGCAAAUAUUACCACAACGACAGCAAGACGCGUCCCAAUCAGUGAAUCCAAAUCAAAAUCAUUUAAGCAACGAGGUCAACAACUUUGAAGACGAGGACGAUUUCCUAGACGACAAUCGCAAAGAGUCAAUUGAUUCUACAGAACUUUUGAUAUCAACGAAAAUGGCUGCCUCAACGGCGCAAGCUUCAGCCGCAAACGAAAGCCCAAAUCUAAUGGAGAACUGCAGUGGUGACUGUGCCGAAUGUGAAUCUGGUCAUUACAACGACGAGUGCACCGAUGAAUGUAACACGAACACCAAUGGUGUAAAUAAUAAUGGUGGAAAUGGGAAUAACUUUUUUGAUCCACUAAUUAAUCAUGGCGGAUACUGUGACGAAGAGUCUCAUUAUAACCACGAGAACAGUGAAAAUCAACUGCAAGAUGGUUGCCAGGGCGGUCGGUGUGACAGUGAUAGUGAUAACGGGUGGAACGCACAUCAACAAGCUUCGAACAGUCAACAUCAUCAACAACAACAACAAUCGCAAGCGUACGAAUACAGUAACCAACAAUCGGCACAGGAACGAUCUGUCACACCGGAAAUAAUAAGCAACAAGUCGUCUAAGGAAAUAUACAAAGAUUUAGCCAAGCAAUGGGGCAUAACGUGCAAGAUGUCGGAUGCAUGCCGUUGUAUGGAAUGCCAGGGUCAUUAUUUCGAUUGUGAAUAUGACGAUAAUGAGCAUCAGAAAACGGAUGGUGGACUGGGAGCGGGCACCCCAAUGUUUAUCAGUGAAGUGAUGCACGGUUCCGCAUGCAACAUUCUUUAAACUGGAGGUUUUGGAAAGGGAAUGCGGUGAAGCAUUUUGAUAGCUCUCUUAGUCAGAGCCUUGCACUUUUAACACAUUUCUCGUCUAGAAUUUAUAGUCGGAUUAUAAGCAUUUAUCGAGUAAUGAAAUAUAAAAUAUAUACUUUGUGUAUUCAUAAAUUCGUACUAUAUAUACUUACAUACAUAUGUAUAUUAUAUAUAUACAGUAUGUAUACUAGAAUGUUAACAUAAUUAGUUAAAUAUUGAAGAGAACGAAUAUACUCGUAUAUAGUGAAUGUAUAUACAUAUAUAAUAUGUUUGGCCUUAACACCGCUGCAGCGAACCCGAAGCAUAUGCAAAAACACACACUAUUCAUGACAUAUUUAUGUAUUUAAAUGGUUAUGUAUUAAGUGUGCAGUGUGAAAUCGCAAGGAAAAUUUGAAAAUAAAUACUGUAGUUACAUACAUAUUAGAAUAGCAUUUUAAAGCACUACAAGUUCGCACUGAUUAUAAAGGUUUACAAAAAAAAAAGUAAUUCUUAGAAAUAGUAAAGAUAUUGAAAAAACACAAAUUUAUUAAUCACUCUUAUUAUUUCGAAUUGAUGUUUGGCAUUUAUGGAAAGGAAUUUUCAUCGCAAACUUAACGAAUUCAGAAGAGCUCCACUUGCAUAUAUGAGCUGCAUUCAUGAAUGCAAACGUAGUUAUAUUUCUUUCCAAAAUGUACUUACGAUCUGACUUUCACAUAUAUAUUGUAAGCUAAAUAGAGACUGAUUUUUUCUACUUUUAACCGAUUCAAUUCGUAGCAUUGCCCAAAAUUACUCAAAACGAAAACAACGCAAUUACAUUUAUCGAUUCUUUUUUCAUUUACAAAGUAACGUCGAGCAAUUAUUGUACUAAACUCCGUACAGAAAUACAUUUACACAUAUUUGAAAAUUCCGCGUGUUCAAAUUGAUGGCGUCAAUGGUGGACUUUUAGCCAAAAUUACAGUCAAACCUAAGAGCAGAUUUUAAAUAUUUGUUGUUCAUAGAAAGGCUAGAAGCCAGGUUUUGCUAGAUAUCCACAUAACAACGCCAGAUGGCAUAUAGAAUACAAUUGUUAACCACCAUCAAAGGAUAUUACCAUCAUCAAAUCAUAAAUAACUCAUGCAUUAUAAUUAGCGUUAUAUACCUAUAUACUCAUACAUACAUAUAUGCAAAUGCCUUUGGAAAGUAACUACAAAAAAAUAAGUUAAUAAUAAAUUCUAGAUGUGCGUGGAAUGCAAGUUUUUUUUCUAAUUUCGAACGCUUUCCCAUCUUGAUUUAAGCACAUUGAAACAGAGUUUAACGGAUUGCUUGAAAACCGUUUGUCAAUAACAAUAACACAAUGUUAGCUAAAAAAACCGUUUCCGAAAUAUAUAUGUGUAACACCCACUUUCUAUAGAAAGUUAUUAAGAUUUUGAUACCUUUUGCUUUCAAUGUUGACUUUUCUGAACCAAUAAAUAUUUAGAAA